AUGGAAGCAAUGGAAGCCGGCAGUCGGCAGAGCGCCAUUUUGCCUUCAAUAUCUUCCAUAGAUGCCGAGAAGAGCAGACGAGACGACACGGAUUUCCAGCGAAAGCACUCCGCCGCGGCCAUGGUCAGCCCGUCGUUUCCCUACUCAAACCCUCCCCCGCCCUACGCCAGCCAUCACGCGCCCGCUGCCAGCGCACCGCCAGCAAGCUUAGCAGGCCUCAUUUCUCCCCCGGAGUCCCGCCGCACAUCUGGAGAUGAGAAGGAGCAAAAACCGCCUGCAAGGCAGUCGUUACCGUCCAUUCACGAAGCGCUGGCAUCCGAGCAGCCAAUGCCCUACCCGCCUCACCCAACCUCGACGGCUCCGCCGCCCGCCUCCCAGUACUUCCAGCCUCCGCCGAGCUCGGCAACUUCACAUCCGGACUCUGCCAGGAGACACUUCUCUCAGGACUUUUCCUCGCAGCAAACGGACCGGAGUCCAUACAUGAAGCCGCCCCCUCAGCCACCUUACUCUCAAGCACCACAGGACCCGCCGAGGCCGACAUUACCAACUACUCACAAUCCUAAACUGCCGACUCUGCACCCGUUACGGACGGAGCCGUCUCCCGUAAACAACUCGAGACCUUCUUCGUUCAGCGCGGGGUAUCCUUAUUCACAGCAACAGUCUCCAGCAUAUGAACAGACGCCUCAACAAGCUGCACCGGUGCAACCACAGCAACAGCCAUUCGGCUACAACCACCCGUAUCCUCCUGCUGCGUAUCCCUACAGUGCUCCUCCGCCACCGCCCCCUCCGAGUCAAGUCAACCCUCCUUAUCCCCCGUCAGCUCCGGCAGCUUAUUCCGCAUCGGGAGGCUAUCCACCCACGUGGAGGUCCGAUGGAGCGGAAGUCAGGCGGGCGGAGGAAAGUAAAAGAGCCGGGAGGAAUGCGGGGCCUGCACUCUACGGAGAGUCGGUCAAGCGCCAUCUCGACAACUUUGAUUUCGAAGCUUCUCUCAACGAGAUCGCAGAGGGAAGCGGGCGCCUGAACGAAUUCCUGAGGAUAUACGGGCAGCGGGCGCACCAUGCUCAGCGGGCUGGGCCUCUCCCGGGCUCAACGCCGGCGAUCCACGAAGUCGACGAGUUGAUGAAGCAGAGCCAGCGGAUCGUGGAAUCGUUAGCACGGAUCCGUGAAGUGGUGCUAACGACGCAGCAAGCGCACCUGGCUGAACAAGCACAAGACCCGAGGUUCAAGGCAGCAAACGGCUACGAACCCGAAGAGGCCCACAAUCCGUAUGGAGAGGAUCCGAAGGGUGGUGGUGGCUUUGCAGGGUCUGACCCAAAGAAGCGCAGAGGGCGCGCGGCGCCCCCGGGUCGUUGUCACAGCUGCAACCGGGCGGAAACCCCAGAGUGGCGGAGAGGUCCAGACGGCGCACGUACCCUGUGCAACGCCUGCGGUCUUCACUACGCCAAGCUCACACGAAAAAUGGGCGCCAACAAGGCGCCUAUCGGCAGCUCGAAUUUGCGGCCGAAGUCCCUCGGGCCAGGAUCACCACCGGCCUGA